UGCUCAUCAUCAUCAUCCUCUCAGCUAAGCUCCUUCUCCUUCUUCCCAAAAAGCUACCAUCUUUCUCACUCCUCCUUAUUUUUUUAUUCUCUUUCUUCCCAUCCUGUGAGCUCCCAUGGCUGCUCAAAGCAAUAAUCUGUAUAAAAAUCUAACCCUAACCCCUUAAAGCAGCUGCCUUUUUAGCUUUUCUCUGUUUCAUUUUUUGACUUUGUGCUCUAUUUUUUCGACACCUUAGAUGUUCGAGCGAUGGAUAUAACCCCUUCCAUCACCACCACCACCAACAACACCACCAGCACAAAAUCUCCGGAAGCAGACAGCGAAACCCCGACCCGGAUCCAACCCGCGAAGCCUUUGUCCUUCAGCAACGGCGUCCUCAAACGCCACAACCCCCACCCCCACCACCACCACCUUCACCACCACAACAUCCCCAUCACGCCGGUCAUCGUCACCUACAAAGAAUGCCUCAAGAACCACGCAGCCACCUUGGGCGGCCACGCUCUCGACGGCUGCGGCGAGUUCAUGCCCUCUCCAACGGCCAUACCCACCGACCCCACCUCGCUAAAAUGCGCUGCAUGCGGCUGCCACCGCAAUUUCCACCGCCGUGACCCCGAAGACCCCAUGCCGCCAUCCACCGCCGCCGCCACGACGCACGUCAUCGAGUACCAGCCCCACCAUCGCCACCAUCCUCCGCCGCCGACUCACGGAGGAAAUCGAAGCCCCAAUUCGGCUUCCCCGCCCCCGAUCUCGUCCUCUUACUACCCUUCUGCCCCCCACAUGCUCUUGGCUCUUUCGACGGCUCAUGAAAACGCCUUGGGCGGUCCUAACAAUCAUCAUAGUCCUCAACCCCCAAUUGUUUCGCCGAGCCCGAACGCGAGGAAGCGGAUCAGGACCAAGUUCUGCCAGGAGCAGAAGGACAAGAUGUACCAAUUUGCAGAGAGGGUUGGGUGGAAGAUGCAGAAGCGGGACGAGGAGAUUGUGCAGGAGUUUUGCAAUGAGAUUAAUGUGGACAAAGGGGUUCUCAAGGUUUGGAUGCACAACAAUAAGAACACCUUUGCCAAAAGAGACGUCAUCAAUGGCAGUGGCGGUGGUCUUAGCGGUGGGGUUAGCAGACCCAACAUUCUGCUUGAGCAAGCUCACAACAACGGCAACGGCAACGGCAACGGCAACGGCAACAACAACAACGUCGACGAUGAAAAUGAUGAACACAACGACGACGAAAACAACAACAACAGCGAUAUGCAGAACCUGAAUCACUACCAGGGUACUGAUGGGGGUGCGGCGGGACAUGCUGGCACCAAUGGGUCGUCGUCUUCUUCUUGAUCCUUUUGAUGAAUAAUAAGGAGUUUAGCAGUAGAGUAAGACCAGUACUAUUACUUAAUUACUUAAUUAGUUGCUCUCUCUCUUAAUUUUCUUUUUUUCUCUCUUUCUCAUUGUGUUUAGUUUAAUUAAUGAGACGAUCAUCACUUCACUUUGUGAGGAUAACCUGGGACGGGAGAGAUUGAUUGAUCCAAAAAAAGGGAAUUAAUUUGCGUA